GCCCCGCCCCUUGAAUCCACGCACGUGCACUACUGAAAAUGCGACUGACAGUGGACGGUCUCCCAGUCAUUUUCCCCUACGACCACGUCUACCCCGAGCAGUAUGCCUACAUGCUGGAGCUCAAACGGACUCUUGACGCAAAGGGACAUGGGGUUCUUGAGAUGCCGUCAGGGACCGGGAAGACGGCGUCUCUCCUCUCCCUCAUCGUGGCCUACCACCUGGUUCACAAACACGAGCUCCAGAAGCUCAUCUACUGCUCCAGAACGGUGCAGGAGAUCAAUAAGGCAGUGGACGAGCUGAAGAAACUGCUGGAGGUGUACCAGAAGGAGGUUGGAUAUGUUCCUGAGAUCCUUGCCCUAGCUCUCAGCGCUAGGAAAAACCUCUGCAUUCAUCCCGAGGUGAGCAGGGAGGAGGAGGGGAAGUUGGUGGACAGCCAGUGCCACAAACUGACGGCCUCGUUUGUACGGGAGAGACGGUCAGAGGAUUCCAGUGUCCCAGUCUGUCUCUUCUAUGAGGGGUUUGACGAGAGAGGUCGCAAGCAGCCACUACCUCCAGGAGUCUACAACCUGAAUGACCUGAAGAGUUUUGGCUCUGAGAAAGGAUGGUGUCCUUACUUCCUCGCCAGAUACGCCGUAGAGCAUGCCAAUGUGGUGGUGUUCAACUACUCUUACCUCCUGGACCCCAAGAUCGCUGAGACUGUCUCCAAGACAUUCCCAAAGAAAUCGGUCGUCGUUUUCGACGAGGCUCACAACAUUGACAAUGUGUGUAUUGAGGCGAUGAGUGUCAAUAUUAGCCGUCGUACCCUGGAUCGUUGUCAUAGCAACCUCGACAGGCUGGCACAGAAAGUCAGAGAGGCAGGGGAGGAGAAACUAAGAGAAGAGUACCAGAGACUAGUGGAACAUCUGAGGCAGACCAGAGCCAACAGAGAGACUGAUGUUCAGAUGGCCAACCCCGUUCUGCCUGAUGAUAUACUACAAGAGGCAAUGCCAGGCAACAUCAGAAAGGCUGAGUUCUUUAUCAAUUUCAUGAGGAGAUUCAACGAGUAUCUUAAGAUGCGACUGCGGGUCCAGCACGUGGUGUCAGAGACUCCGACCUACUUCCUCCAGCACAUUCAUCAGACCAUCUGCGUGGACAGGAAACCACUCAGGUUCUGUGCGGAGAGACUCCACUCCCUACUCUGGUCCCUGGAGCUGGUGGACAUGGGCGACUUCUCUCCCCUCAGAUUGGUCGCCAACUUCGCAACACUCGUUGCCACUUACACCAAAGGGUUCAGUAUGAUCAUAGAGCCAUUUCAGGACCGUGCACCAACCAUCUUCAACCCCGUCCUCCACUUCAGCUGCAUGGAUCCUACCCUAGCCAGUGAACCUGUGUUCUCCCGCUUCCAGUCUGUCAUUCUCACCUCAGGGACGCUGUCUCCAAUUGACAUCUACUGCAAGCUACUAAACUUCCAUCCAGUGACAGUCGGCCAUUUCACCAUCACUCUCGCCAGGCCUCGCGUCUGCCCACUGGUAGUGAGCAGAGGGAACGACCAAGUGGCCAUCACAUCCAAGUUUGAAGCCAGAGCUGACACUGCUGUCGUCCGUAACUAUGGGAACCUGCUGGCGAGCAUGUGUGGGGUUGUCCCUGACGGAAUUGCCUGCUUCUUCCCCAGCUAUGAGUACAUGGACUCAGUGGUGUCGUCCUGGGUGGAGCAGGGAAUAAUGAGUGUGAUUCAGAGACAUAAGCUGGUGUUUCUCGAGACGAGGGACAGCGGGGAGAUCUCCCUGGCUCUCAGGAACUACUUCUCCGCCUGCGACAAUGGGAGGGGAGCAUUGCUACUGGCCAUUGCCCGUGGGAAGGUUUCUGAGGGAGUGGACUUCAUGCACCACUACGGCAGGGCAGUGAUAAUGUGCGGUAUUCCGUACGUCUACACUCAGAGCAGACUUCUCCGGGUAUGUAGCUCUCUCUCUCAUCUCCGGGCAAGGCUGGAAUAUCUCAGAGACCAGUUUCAAAUCAGAGAAAACGAUUUCCUAACGUUCGAUGCCAUGAGACAUGCAGCACAGGUCUCUGUGUGCAAACUGCCAUUACUAAAGAUACCUUCACUGACACUGCAGAUCACACACUCCCAAUGUCUCAUCUACUGGGGCUCCCUUUGUGAUGAUCAUUCUAUAGUGUCAUGUGAUGAUCAUGUGACCUCCCCUGCAGUGUGUGGGGAGGGUUCUAAGAGGCAAGACAGACUAUGGCAUCAUGAUAUUUGCUGAUAAAAGAUUUGGCCGACAUGACAAGAAGACAAAGUUACCUCAAUGGAUACAGGAGCACCUGAAAGACACUCUGUGCAGCCUCACAACUGAAGAGGCUGUUCAGAUAUGCAAGAAGUUUCUCCGGGAGAUGGCUCAGCCUACAAGUCAGGAGGAACAAGUGGGCGUGUCCCUGCUGACUGCUGAACAAGUAGAGGAGAGGGAGAGAAAGAGACUCAGCGGGGAAAGCUGAUGCGCAUGCGCAGUUUCAUCAAUUUUGAUACCACGUGCAUAUAAAUGGAAUCGAAUGCCACUCUCUCAUAAAAAGAGCGCGCGAUUGGUGUUGUGGCUGGCCGGAGAAGCAGUAGACGUGUACAUGGAGCGCUCUAGGAGCUACAGCGGGAACGUUCCGUCCAACGGGAGCGUCAAGAUAGGCGGUCUGUGGAAACGGUCGCAGGGCCUUUCGCGGUUCACGCGACCCAACUACCGCCACCGCGUGUUCAUUCUCACGGAGAACGCUCUCUCCUACUACAGCGGAACAGUGGACCGAGUGGGUCAGCUGAAGGGACGAGUGGCUCUGGACGCGAUCACUGCAGUCGAAUUCGUGCAGGAGUCUGCGUUCAACCUUCCCCACACCUUCCAGGUGGUUUACACGACCAAGAAGAGUGGGUUUGUCAUCCUCUAUGUCACAUCCACUGACAGUAUAGAGUGCUCCGAUUGGAUUGCCACUCUAAGACAGGUGUGUUACUUCAACAAGGAGAUGAUGAUGCACUACCACCCGGGUGCCCUCCUCAGGAACUGCUGGUCCUGCUGCAAACAGACCGGGAAGACAAGUCUCGGCUGCCAGCCAACUUACCACCUCCUCACUCGCAGCUCCUCUCGUUACGCACAGAUGAGGAGAAAAGACACACUCACCAGUAGUCAGGGGAGUCAGGGUCGAAGGUCAAAGAGCAGCAGUGUUCCCCGAGAGGAGAGAAUGUCGCAGACUCCAGUUCCCGGUGCCAGGAUGGAGGAGGAGGGAGGUGGGAGUGGCAGUGGGCGGGGUCUCAGUAACAGCUGUUUCGACCUCACCCGCAGACAAAUUCAGAACAGUUUUCGAGCCAGUCUCUGCGUCUAUGGAAGGUGGGUCUCGCUGCAGCAGUCAGCUGUCCACCGAGCCCUCGAUCAGCAUGGGCUGCAUUACUCUCACCCGUCUCUCAUUGUCCGAGUCUGCCACUCCCCUCGCUCCUCCCCUCCCCACACCCCCCACGGGGAAGACAGAGGUCGCGGGGAGGUCACCAGUCGUCGGUGCCGAGGGAAAAGUGGGUGGAGUCAAGAGAAACAGAGUCCAGAUUGCUCCCGAGUAUACUCCGACCAUUCGGUCCAGACAGACAUUUCCCUCGUCUGAGAGCCAGCCUCACCUUGCUCACCGUACCACCAUACCUGUCCUUCCCGACCGCUUCUCUCACUCUGCCUCUCUACACUUUACCACUUCCUCUGGCCACACCCCCUCUCAGACCACACCCACCGGCCAAACGAGACCGGUCCUGGCAGCUGCAUCCCCUGUGGCGUACCACUGCCUGACCGAACCGCGCCGAAGUCGACAAAAGAUCCACCCCGGGCCACCUCCACCCAGCCAACUGAGCACCAGCAUGAGUCACCUCUGGCCACAGAAACCAGUGCUGGAGCCAAAGGUGUCAGUUACAGACCCCAACACCAUUCAUGUAUGAUACUGUUUCCCUCACGUGAGCUGAUUUGUGUGUCUAUCAUACCAACCCACCCACCGUCUUCCGUUUGCAUCAGAUUGUUAUUCUCAAAAUUUCGUGAUCAAUUCACACUAAUUAAAAUUGUUAUGCAACACAUGUGGUUCACAUGUAUGGAGCCUAUUUGGAUGGUCUGAGGUAUCUCCGAUAGAAGAAGUUACCAAAGAGCACCAUGUAAGACCCGUACAUUAGGACUCCGUACCACAGGACACUGUCGUGCGAUUUGCAAGGCCCUCCGAGUGUCUUGACGCGAUAAACAGUGCCCAGAACAGUCAGACCCAUCACAAACUGGGCCAGCUGCAGCAGAGUUAUGCUCUGGGCCACGCUCCGCGGUAUCCGGACACCGAAAGCCUUCAGGACGUAGUAAGAGUACAUGACGGAGUGGACAAAUAGGUUGAGGGUUCCGAACCAUUCCGCAGUGGGGUCUCGAUGAGACACGCUAUAGGUGCAGUAAACAAACACUGAUAUGUGGUGGUACCAAUGGAGGAAAUUGAGCGGCGUCUUUCGUAGGACUAUGAAAAUUGUGUCGCCGAAUUCGACCGCUUUCGAGAGGAUGAAGAGGAGGGCCCAGAGGUUGUGCGGUGGGUUGAGCAUGAGGUGGUUGUUGCAGACCGAGUGAGUGAAGCCGUUCUCCAGGACCCCGGCCUGCAGAUCAGGGUAGAACCGAAGGAACCCCAUAAUGCUGAAGACGGCCAACCCUGUGUUCCAGAGAGUCAGGGCCUUGCGCAAAGAGUAGGGUUUCCUGUCUUUCAUCCAGCGACGACCGAGGAAGAUGACGGCCAGGUAGACGGCAUUGGCAUACAGAGUGAGCGUCCAGUUGUCCCGCAGCCACCUCGACACCUUCUCAUCGUCGAACCGGUGCUCCACUACGUCAAUCUGGCUCAGUAACAGGUGUGCCAUUGCUCUCUCUCCCCGUGCGCGGCGGAUCG